AGUGCUUUCUGUUUCUAUCACUUUCAGUGAACUCAUCAGCUUGUCAGUCAUCAUAGAGAGGACCAUAAAGUGCAUCAUGAGUCACACCAACCUUACCGUCUUCCAUCCUGCAGUUUUUGUCCUACUUGGCAUUCCUGGGUGGGAGGCUUAUCACAUUUGGCUGUCAAUACCUCUUUGCCUCAUUUACCUCACUGCAGCCCUGGGAAACAGCAUCCUGAUAGUGGUUAUCAUCAUGGAACGUAACCUUCACGAGCCCAUGUAUUUCUUCCUCUUUAUGCUGGCCGUCACGGACAUCCUGUUGUCUACCACCACUGUGCCCAAGGCCCUAGCCAUCUUUUGGCUCCAUGCCCAUAACAUUGCUUUUGAUGCCUGUGUCACCCAAGUCUUCUUUGUUCAUAUGAUGUUUGUGGGGGAGUCAGCUAUCCUAUUAGCCAUGGCCUUUGACCGCUUUGUGGCGAUUUGUGCCCCACUGAGAUAUACAACAGUGCUAACAUGGCUUGUUGUGAGAAGGAUUGCUCUGGCCAUCGUCACCCGAAGCUUCUGCAUCAUUUUCCCAGUCAUAUUCUUGCUGAAGCGGCUGCCCUUCUGCCGAACCAACAUUGUUCCUCAUUCCUACUGUGAGCAUAUUGGAGUGGCUCGUUUAGCCUGUGCUGACAUCACUGUUAACAUCUGGUAUGGCUUCUCAGUGCCCAUUGUCAUGGUGAUCUUGGAUGUGAUCCUCAUUACUGUGUCUUACUCACUGAUCCUCCGAGCAGUGUUUCGUUUGCCCUCCCAGGAUGCUCGGCACAAGGCCCUCAGCACUUGUGGCUCCCACCUCUGUGUCAUCCUCAUGUUUUAUAUUCCAUCCUUCUUUACCUUAUUGACCCACCGUUUUGGCCGUAACAUUCCUCAACAUGUCCAUAUCUUGCUGGCCAAUCUUUAUGUGGUGGUGCCACCAAUGCUGAACCCCAUUGUCUAUGGUGUGAAGACUAAGCAGAUACGUGAGGGUAUAGCCCACUGGUUCUUUGACAUCAAGACUUGGUGCUGCACCUCCCCUCUGGGCUGAUGGAUCCUCAUGUAUCUUCAUGUCCAGCUCCUUCAAGGAAGCUAGAUGUGAAAUACAGAGAUUUCCUGGACUGAGAAGGCUUUUCUUCCUCUUCCUUCUAUCUCAUUCUCCUCCCCCACUUUCCUUACUUUUCUUAAAAUUCUUCCUCCUCCUGUUUGUUUUCUCCAACCUCUGUACACAUUCCUCUCUACAACCCAGAAAUAAUAACUAAGUGUUCAUGCCCUAAUAUGAGGCUUUGGUACCCUCAGUAGACUAGAUAGAUACUGGAAGCACAGGGAGCUGAAUACCAUAUGAAAUGAGGUUAUAAAGAAAUGGAUAAAAAUAAUUUUAUAUUUACUUUUUUUUUAGAAGGAAAGAAAAAAAGGAGUGAAGGGGAGGAAGAAAGAGGACGAAAAAGAGGGAGAGAGAACGGAAAUAUUGCUUUAUUCUAAAAAAUGGGUAUUAAUAAUGGCCAAUCAAUAUUUCAUUUAAACCUAUGAGUAGGUGUGAUGUGGUAUUGACAAGAAUGCAUAUUUUGUGUAUUUAAAGUGGAGAGCUCUAUAAAUAUUUAUUAAGUUUACUUGUUCCAGAUCUGAGUUCGAGUUCUGGAUAUCCUUAUUAAUUUUUUGUCUUAUUGAGUCUAAGUCUCUAUGUAUCUGGGUGUUAGGAUCGUUAGCUCUUAUUGUUGCAUUGAUCCUUUUACCACUAUAUCUUUGUUGCUUUAAAAUCUAUUUUAUCAGAUGUGAGAAUUGCAACUCCUGCUUUUUAUUUAUUUAUUUAUUUUUGCUCUCCAUUUGGUUGGUAAAUCUUUCUCCAUCCCUUUGUUUUGAGUCUUUGUGUAUCCUUGCAUGUGAAAUGGGUCUGGAUGCAUCAUACCAUUAGGUUUUGGCUGUAUCUUUUGAUUGGGGGAUUUAGUUGAUUUAAAUUUAGGGUUACUGCCAUUUGAUGUUAACUGGCUGUUUUAUCCAUUCGUUGAUGUAAAUUCUUCUUUAUGUUGAUGCUCUUUACUUUUUGGUAUAUUUUUAGAAAGGCUAAUACUGGUUGUUUCUUUCUAUGUGUAAUGCUUCUUUCAGAUAUUUACUAUCUGAAGGAGUUUUAAUUAAAAAAACAAUCUCAAAUGUGCAUUGAUCCUUUAGCCAUCUGGAAAAACUUCCUCUCCUUCAAAUUUUAGUUCAAGAACUGCUUUCCCUGAGAAGUCUUUUCUAAUUUCUCCAGGCAAGUCAAGGGUCCUAUCUUUGCAUGUCUAGUGCAUCUUGUACAAAUCUCCAAAUGUGCAUGAUAAGUUGUAAUGUAAUGAAUUGUUCGUUUAUUUGUACCCUCAGUCGACUGUAAACUCCUUGAAAUCAGAAGUGUAUAUUAUUCAUAUUUAUACCCCCAAUGCAUUACAGAAUGCCUGACACAUAUUAAAUGUUUGAUAAAUGAGGGGAGCACAAUUGUCUCCUUGAGGUCAUAACAGGCAUCUUUACGGUAUACUGAAAUGACCAGCUAAAUUAGUCCACAAUACCAGUGAUUAGUAAACCAUCUCCUCA